UAGUACGAAAAGGGGCGUUUGGUACGGUGUGGUACGGCCCGACACACUCGGUUCCACUCGGCUCCACUCGUCAGGUAGUCUCAGUAGUGCACAGGUAUGCACAGGUGUAAAAUCCCUCAUCACUCCCCAAAACACUGAAUUUCCAUCGUUAUCGCGCCCCCCCGAGCCCCCCAAAACCCCCGAAAAACUCCAACCACCCCCCGAGCCCCGUAAUUCUUCAUAAUUCCCGAAAAUUCACCCUCAAAUUUAAGGUUAAAUACCUCAGUGCCAGCAAACUGUUCACCACAGCAUGACCCUCCCAAAAAAUGAGCCCCAGACGACGCGAAGCGAGCUGAAACCCCAAACCGCGAGCCCCAUAGAAUGGUAAAUUGGGCCUUUGCCGCAGAAGGCCACCCGGACUCUCUCGACCCCCGCAGCCCCCCUCGCCCAGAGGUGGCCAGUGAUGCCCAAGUGGUCCAUCCCACCUACACUCCACCUAUGGGACUGAAUGACGUCACCCCACUGAGUGAUGGGAGUACCGUGACCUCAGUAACGACAAUCGCCGCGACCGAGACUGUUCCCAGCAUUCACAAUGAUUCUCCCCUCAAGAAUGUCGCCGGUAGGCGUGACUUGUCAGGAGACAGUGAUCCCCUAGGUGCGAAGAGUCAGAGUGGUCCGCCAUCCCUAUCGACAGCAGUGUCCAAUGCCCCGGGUGGGACCCCGACUAUCACAUCAGGCCUAGUUCUGGAGGAGAAUUACGAGGGUUUCGGUUACGUCGAGGAGCUGUCGCCCAGUCAGGGCAGCAGCAGCUGCAGCUCAGCGCCAUCGCCUACGAAUGGACAGUCGAGCAACUCGACGAAGACGUUCAACAACAGCCCUGUGGGCACCCUAGGGCGACACACGUGGCUGAGGACCUCCCUGCGACGCACCCCGACCACUGGGAAGAGACAGCUCGGCUCAAAUGCACUAGCCAGCCAACUCUACAGGAGCGGAAGUUUCAACAGCUCUGGGAGGGGCUCCACCUGCGACGCAACUGACGAUAUGUACAGUGACAUUUCGCUGGAGGAUGACGUUAUCGAUCUGAAUCACAGGGUGAGGAUGAUACAGGAGCAGAUGGACGCGCUCGUCGAUAAUCAGUCGAGUUUGUCGAUAAGUUCGGAGAGGUAUGCGAGGGUCAAGGAGGAGAAUGCGACACUGCAGGCGAGGGUGCUGAUGCUGGAGGAGGCGGCCAAGGACGCGGAGGCUAGGAAUGAGGAGAAACUCCUGGGGGAACAGAGGAGGCACAAGGAGUGGAUGGCGAGGCUGGAGAGGGAGAAGCAGCUGGAGCUGGAGAACUGUGGGAUCAAGAUGAAGGGCCUCGAGGUGGAGAACAGCCAGUUGAGGGAGCAGGUGACGAGACUGCGGCAGCAGUUGAAUGUCGCGAGGGAGGAGAGGGAGAGGCUGGAGAAUUCCCUGGAGGAGGCGAAUGCAGUCUGCGAGGGGGCGAGACAGGGGGAGAGGUCGGCUGUGCUGAGGGAGAGUGAGUUGAGAGUGAUGUUGGAUGCUGCGAAGGAGGAGCUGGCGGCGAGGGCGAGGGAUCGGGGGAGGAUUGAGGAGCUGCUGGUGGAGGUGGCGAGGCUCAAGACGGAGAACAAGAGUCUGGAAGAGGCCAGGGAUGAACUCCAGGCGGCGGCUGCUCUGCAGGUGGGGAGGGAACUCCUGUUGUUGAAUCCUACGACUUUGGAGAAGAACUCGAAGAGUCUUGCGGUGGAAAUGUCGGAUGGCUCCAGGGACAGUCUGGAUGGGGAGGGGAAGAAGAGGAGUUUGGGGGAGGUGCUGCAGGCCCUCAAGGAACAGCAGGAGGUCAAUGCUCAGUUGAGGGCGUAUAUCGAUGGGAUUCUGCUGAAUAUUGUGGAGAAUUAUCCGCAGUUGUUGGAGGUCAAACAGCCACAGUGACGUGAGAAGGGAUUUGGGGUCUGUGAAAAGGAAUGAAUGAAGAUUGGGCGCAAUUUUUCUGGGAAUAUCUUUGGCUCGAUGAGUUUAGGGAAAAAACGAAAAAAUGUCUUUUGCAUUUUUUAAACCCAGUCCCUGAGACAUUACCAGAAACUUUAGGAUCCUCUAGAAUUGUGUAAAAGGUAUUAUAUUUGCAAAUUUUUCUGUGAAUCUCUCCGAAACGCAGGGGCUUACCAAGAAAUCAUUAUUUGAUUGAUGAAUGAUUAAUAUAAUGUUAAUUUCAUCCAAAUGAAUUUUUCAAAAUUUUGAAAAAAGGUUUUGGUGAGCCCGAAAGCAUUCACAACCCCAUUGAUGAUAAAAUUGACACAUGUUCAGUUGAAUAAAGUAAUAAAUUAGUAUUGAGUUUAGCUAUUUGAGAAAGUAAUUGCUUUCUUUAUGAUAUAUUGGUCCGUCCUUGCAUCUGAUAAUGAAUUGAUUGUACAUAAUGAUUUUAUUAAUUUGUUGAUAUGAUUAUAGAAAAGAGAGAAUUUGUUGUCAAUUGACUGACGAUUAGACAUGUGAUUCAACCAGUAUCAGCAGCAGUGUUAUUAUUUUUCUAUAAUUGUAUUGUAUUAGGGUAGAAUUGAUUGUAUCGUUAAUUUAUUUGAUAUAAAUAGUUCAGGAUAUUUUUAUGUCACUUUACAUAGAAAUUAGUCACUCUGCAAUGCAUCAGGGGUGUUGGUAGGGUUCAAUUAUGUACUGUAUACAUAGAUAAUUAAUUAGGAAAAAUCAUGGUUCAUGUAUUAAAGAGAAUCUCGUUACAGUGUAAUCUCAUAAUGGUAGAGUAAACAGGGGCAAUUAAUUAGAUUAAUUAUCACUCAUAAUGGAAUGAUCUUUUUAAUGUUUACCGAAUAUGAUUUAGGGAUCUGUCAGGUGUAUGAGGAUUCAUAGAUUGUGACAUGAUAUUUGUUAUAUACUUGAUUCGUCGAUAUUAAUGUAAUAAAUUAUAUUUUUUAAAUAUAAA